AUGUCGCCUGAUCCAGAGAGAACAAAAAAGGCACCCCGUAAACAUGUUACAACCGCCUGUGUGCCAUGUCGGGAGAGCAAAAUCAGGUGUGAUGGAGCUACUCCGAACUGCCAAAAUUGUCAGCGUAAGGGAAAAGAAUGCAAAUACCAACAUGGAGAUGACAAGCGCAAAGUGUCUCUUCGAGCAUCAACGGAGCUGUUCUCGGCCCGAAUUGAUCAGCUUUGUCAUUUUAUCCAGGAGCGGGGGCUAGAGCCACCGCCAAUGAACCCAGAAGAUGAGGCUGGGAUGAACAGGGUACUGGAUACCCUCCAGAUCCCGCGCGGAUUCCCUCAAGCUUCAGCGGCGGCCGAUGACAAACGGCCACCCGAUGAGCCAAGGGCCGGGAUUCCAAGCAAAUCCCCGAUCCAAGAUUCGCCCGCCGUAAUUCCCAAGGGACAAACCCCGGUCACUAAUUUGGCAGUUUCUGGUGCAUCCCCAGCGCGAAAUACUCCACCCACUGAAAAGGUCCCAUCGCCCGAGGGCUGGAAUCCAUUCGGAAUGGUACAAGGCGCUUCCGACAAUCAAAACUUCGUCCAUUGGGGCUUCACUUUGCCAACAGCUGAAAGCCUGGACACUAUUUAUGCCAAUCUCAACGGUGGAUCGGGCACCCCUGCAAUGCCUAGAAUUCCAGUCAACACCCAGACGAGCCCGGAUAGCUACCAGCUUGGUAUGGACAUGGCCCAGCAGCCGGGGGUCUUGCUCGGCCAGCUACCCAAUGACGGAGAAAAUGAUUCGGACACCGACGAAGAGGACGAGGCAGAAAAUGACGUUAUAGAGCAAUUGUCGCACCGAAUUGGCACUUUGAAAAUUGCGGGCGACGGCCAUCUGCGAUUCUACGGUGCUACCUCCAAUCUCAAUCUGGUGGACGUCUCUGCGACACAGCAGCGACAGCGACCAGACGCACGGACUGUGCGCCAUGAUGGUCAGGAUAUUCUGAAUCAUCUCCGGGUUGGUCAACCUGUUGAUCAAGCCCUGGAAGAUCAUCUUGUGGAGCUUUAUUUCACCUGGCAAAACCCCAGUACAUACAUUGUCGACAAAGAGAUGUUUUUAAUGGCACGAACUAAAUGGCGUAACGAAUUGGAUGAUACUCCAUUCUACUCAGAGGUUCUGACUAAUGCAAUGUGCGCGAUUGGGAGCGCCUUCGAGGCUCGCUAUCACCCCACAUUCAUCACUUUUCCUAAGUCUCUCUCAGAAUUCUUCGCAGAUCGCGCCAAGGCCCUUCUGGAAAUUGAACUAGACUCUCCUUGUGUUGCUACUGUCCAGGCGCUUGUCAUUAUGAGCUGCCAUGAAGGCGCAUCAAAUCGAGAUGCUCGAGGAUGGCUGUAUAGUGGAAUGUCUAUGCGGCUUGCUUUCGAUCUUGGUUUGCAUCUAGAUAUGACAUCCUACGUCAACAAGGGCGAUAUCACCCAGUUCGAGGCCGAUGUGCGCCGCGCAACCUUUUGGGGGAGCUAUGUCGCAGACCACUUCUGGGGCUUUUACCUGGGCCGCCCGUUCCGUAUGAAUGCUGGGGACAUAGGCGUUCCGAAACCUGGCUCUGCUCUUUAUCCCGAAAAGGAAGAAAACUGGCAUCCAUACGGCGACCAAGCUGCCCACGCGCUAUCCGAGAACGGUCUGAGAAAUCCCAUGGAGCUAAUAUGCAGGCAAUUUGUCGUUCUAUGGGAGAUGAUCUCCCCGGUUGGUCAUAUUUUGUAUGGAUGUUCUGACAUCUCUCGGCACGACUUGCAAAGAAUCUGCUACCAAGUGACGGAAGAUUUGUUCGCCUGGAAGGCAAAUCUUCCCUCCAGCCUCAAGAUUAAUAUGGAUGAUGAUACAUCCCCAAUAUUGCCUCAUUUGAUGAUGCUCCACAUGCAAUACCAUCAGAUCAUCAUCUUCUUCCACCGCCCAUGGCUCUCUAAAAGCUAUAUCCAGCCCCGCAGUCCUCGUCAAGGCCCCGGGUAUCACCAUGCGCGGCGCAUGUGCGUGGAGUCAGCAACCGCCAUUGCACGAAUACUCCAACUCUUCGAGAAACACUACACAUUCCGCCGCAUGAACAACCAAGUUGUAGCGAUAAUCUUCAGCGCAGCACUCAUGCUUCUCUUCGUAACAGUAUCCAGUUCCCCAAUGAGUCCAGCCAAACAGGGUGACAGUCCGACAUUCCCCCGCAACGCAGAAAUGGUAGCAUAUCUCAAUCUAUGUUUCCGCGCUCUCGAUGAACUCGGCCAAUCAUUCGACAAUGCCAAGCGCACCCGCGACUACCUUGUUACCCUCCAGCGACGCUGGCAAGCAAACAUGCGCCGAUCCGGCUCAGCGACGAAACGCCAAAAUAACAAUGCUAACUUGGGCUCGCUUGGCUCGCAGAAGCCGUCUAUACAGCAUAGUCGUGCUAACAAUGUUCACGGAAUGGAUGGCAUGCGGAAGAAGUCCCGUUUAUCUGUUUCUGAGACCCGUUCUCAUGAUCAGCCAACAGCAUCUGUAAUGGCCAACCAAUACUCCCACCUUUCACAGCAAACCAUGCCCACUCAUAACCAAUAUCACCAGCAAAACUCUUAUCAACACCAAGUCCCCUUCCCUGUCUCAGUUCCGGAGUCUCAGCUAGGCGAUCUAGACUGGAUCCCCAACUCGGAUAUGCGUCUUUUGUCAGAGACUCAAAAUGGCAACGCACUAAAUGGCAUGGGCCAAAUUCCUUCUCCUCCUUUUCCAGAGGACCCUAACAUGCUCUCAGAUGUUGUGGCCAUUGACGGAUGGUGGGCCUCGGAAAAUUAUAGGAGCUCUAUGCCGCCAUAA